UUCUUCCACAACAACACUCAACUAACACGAUCAAAACAACCACCAAACCGGUUAAAUGAAUCAUAUUCCAAAUUUGAGUAUGACAUAGAUUCAGAAUCAAAUUUCAACAUAUCCCAAACUUUUAAUAAAUAUAUAAAUCAUAAAUCCAAACUUCAUACAUAUAUGUGUCUCUGUUUAAAUGAAUAUUCGAAACCUCCAAAAAAUGUUGUAGCAUAUUUUUCGAUCUUAUUUUUUCACUUGACAUAACUAUAUUAUCAUGGAACAUUGGUUUCAUUCUUACAAGAUAAUAUAACCAUUAAUACUAUUCAAAAGACUUUAAUAUCGAUGUUCGGGCCGGAUAUUUGGGAAAACAUGUCUUGUACCAUGUUUUGACAAAUCGUUUAUUACAUAGAGCAACUCACAAAAUUAUUACUAAUUUUUAUAAAUUCGGAAAACCAAUCAUAUCCAUUCAUAUUAAUCUAUAGUAGUAUUAUAUUCAUGAAUGUCAACAAAGUUGGUAACUUCAAACAUCGAUAGUGGUUAAAGUAAUCAGCAAAACAUGACAGGAAAGUAGAUUCCCAGUGGCAAAAGUGUUUGCUGCAUGUCGAGCGUAGAUGUUCAAAAACAAAAGAAUAGAAAACAUAGCCUAUAAAUACUAUCUACGAAAUACGAAUAGGAGAAAUAUUAUAAACUGGAGAUUUUCUGUUUAAGUGUAAUGAAUAUAAAGUAUAGGUUUUGUAAAACCAAUUUCCUUGUUCAAAAUAACUAUCUAUUUUCUGUUUGAUUUUACGUCAUAAAAGGCAUUAUGUCGUGCUAUACAUUUUUUAUAACAAGUUUUUAUGUUGUGGAUACGACGUAAAAACCAUUUCCACAUUUGGAUUUAAAAUAAAAUUUGGGGGAAAAUCUUCAUUUGCUAUACAUUGGGAUAAUAAAAAUAUAUCUGAAAGAAGGCAAUCAAAAAGAUUAUAAAUUAGGAAAAAAAAUCUUUUACUGUUGUGGUAUUGAACAUUGUGACAGAAUGGUUCAGAAAAACGUCAGAAGAAAAGAAUUAUCAAAACGUACACAGUACAUUUUUUUCUUUAAUCUUUUUGAAAAAUUCUUUAUCUCAAAAAGUAAAAAAUUGUGUCAGAUAUAUUUAUGCGCUUUCAUCCAUUCAUUCAUCACUUGCACUGUCUCGUGAAAAAAAAAUAAAAACUUUAUAUCAAAAGAAAUCAAUCUAAUACUAAAUUUUAAAUAAUUAAACAUAGAUAAAUAAGAAAAUAUAUUCCCUCCUUCCCAAGUGCGUUUGCUUUGGUGGAUUCUCUCUCUUCUCUCUCUCUGUCUCUGAAGUGAGGAUCUUUGUUUGGUUCUGCAAUCAUAAUUUUCGUGAUAAUUAUAAAAAAACAUGAAAUGCAUUUUGUUCUCUCUUAACUCUAUGAUCAGUCUUUGCUCUCUGAUGGAUGUUUCCUUUCUCUCAUCUCCCUAAAAACAUGGGCUUUGCUCUCUCUCUCUUGUCUCCAAACCACACUCAAAAGCACUUCUUUUUCUUACAAAUCUGACAUGGGUUUUGUCCGAAAACAGCUAAAGACAGUUCCUUUGACUCAAAAACCAAAGCUUUAAUGGCGAAAAGAUCAAAACUUUGAACAACACUCUUGUGUGUGAUUGAUUUCAAUUCUAAAAAAUGGCGUUCUGGUUCUUGUCAGCUCUUCUGAUUGUUGGGUUCUUAUCAAAAUCUAAUCUUGGCGAAGCUCAGCUAAGCGAUGAAGCCGCAUUGUUAGCUAUUCACAGAGAGCUUAGUGUUCCUGGAUGGAGUGGCAACGGGACAGACUAUUGUAACUGGGUUAGGCUCAAGUGUGGUGCCAACAACUCGUUCGUCGAAAUGCUUGACCUCUCAGGGCUUCAUCUCAAAGGUAACGCCACUCUAAUCUCUGACCUCAGAAGCUUAAAGCAUCUAGAUCUCUCCGGUAACAGCUUCACCGGACCGGUUCCUGCUUCCUUUGGCGACUUGUCUGAGCUUGAGUUUCUUGAUUUGUCUUUAAACCGUUUUGUCGGAAGAAUCCCGGUUGAGUUUGGUAGCCUUAGAGGUCUUAAGUCACUCAAUGUUUCUAAUAACUUGCUUGUGGGAGAGAUACCUGAUGAGCUUAUGGUGUUAGAGAGGUUAGAGGAGUUUCAAGUCUCUGGAAACGGUUUAAACGGUACCAUACCUCAAUGGAUAGGGAAUCUGAGUAAUCUAAGAGUGUUUACAGCUUAUGAGAAUGAGUUGGUUGGUGAGAUACCUAAAGGGUUAGGUUUGGUUUCUGAGCUGGAGCUGUUGAAUCUUCACUCAAACAAGCUUGAAGGGAAGAUUCCAAAGGGGGUUUUUGAGAAAGGGAAGCUUCAAGUUUUGGUCUUGACGCAGAAUAGAUUCACCGGUGAGAUACCUGAAGAGGUGGGAAUCUGCAGCAGCCUCUCCAGCGUUAGAAUUGGGAACAACGAGCUUGUGGGAGCCAUUCCGAGGACUAUUGGUAACGUUAGUGGACUUACUUACUUUGAAGCAGACAAUAACAGUCUCUCAGGUGAGAUUGUUGGAGAGUUCUCAAAGUGUUCUAACCUCACUCUGCUGAAUCUAGCAGCUAAUGGCUUUGCUGGAGCCAUCCCAGCAGAGCUUGGUAAGCUCAUGAGUCUUCAAGAGCUGAUUCUCUCUGGUAAUAGUCUCUUUGGUGAAGUCCCUAAAACGUUUCUUGGGUUAGGAAACCUCAACAAGCUUGAUUUGAGUAACAACAGACUCAACGGCACCAUUCCCAAGGAGCUUUGCAGCAUGCCGAGGCUUCAGUAUCUGCUCCUUGAUCAGAAUUCUAUUAGAGGAGACAUCCCACAUGAGAUUGGAAACUGUGUGAAGCUCCUUGAGCUUCAGCUGGGUCGAAACUACUUGACUGGAACCAUUCCUCCAGAGAUUGGUCGGAUGAGGAGUCUGCAGAUAGCGCUUAACUUGAGUUUCAACCAUCUUCAUGGACCAUUGCCUUCAGAGCUAGGAAGGCUGGACAAGCUCGUGUCGUUGGAUGUCUCUAACAACAUGCUCACAGGAACCAUACCGCAACAGCUAAAAGGUAUGAUGAGUUUGUUUGAGGUUAAUUUCUCGAACAACCUCUUGAGUGGACCAGUGCCUGUCUUUGUUCCGUUCCAAAAGUCUCCAAACUCGAGCUUUUCGGGGAACAAAGAGCUUUGUGGAGCGCCGUUGAGCUCUUCCUGUGGAUAUUCUUAUGAACAUUUGAGGUACAAUCACAGAGUCUCCUACAGGAUUGUGCUUGCAGUGAUUGGUUCGGGUGUUGCCGUCUUUGUAUCAGUCUCCGUGGUGGUUCUUCUCUUCAUGAUGAGGGAGAAACAAGAGAAAGCAGCUGCGAAAAAUGUCGAUGUUGAAGAUAACAUCGAAGAUGAGCAGCCGGAGAUUAUAGCCGGCAGUGUCUUUAUUGAGAAUCUUAAACAAGGGAUUGAUCUUGAUGCAGUUGUGAAAGCAACUAUGAAGGAGUCAAACAAACUCAGCACUGGAACUUUCAGUUCGGUUUAUAAAGCCGUCAUGCCUUCAGGGAUGGUUCUCUCUGUGAAGAAACUCAAGUCUAUGGACAGAGCUAUAACUAAUCAUCAGAACAAGAUGAUCAGAGAACUCGAAAGACUCAGCAAGCUUUGUCAUGACCAUUUGGUUACACCGAUUGGGUUUGUUAUAUAUGAAGACGUUGCUCUCUUGUUGCAUCAGCAUUUAUCUAAUGGUAACUUAGCUCAGCUGAUUCAUGAGUCUGCUAAGAAGCCAGAGUACCAACCUGACUGGCCAAUGAGACUGUCGAUCGCCGUUGGUGUGGCAGAAGGCUUAGCGUUUCUCCACCAUGUCGCCAUUAUUCACCUUGAUGUUUCCUCUAGCAAUGUAUUGCUGGACUCUGGUUACAAACCUGUGCUUGGGGAAAUCGAAAUAUCGAAGCUUUUGGAUCCGUCCAGAGGCACUGCAAGUAUUAGCUCAGUUGCUGGCUCCUUUGGCUACAUUCCUCCAGAGUAUGCAUAUACAAUGCAAGUGACUGCACCGGGGAAUGUAUACAGCUACGGAGUGGUCUUGCUAGAGAUUCUAACCUCAAGAGCACCGGUGGAGGAAGAGUUUGGUGAAGGGGUAGAUUUGGUGAAAUGGGUACAUGGAGCUUCAGGGAGAGGAGAGACACCGGAACAGAUACUUGAUGCCAAGCUUAGCACCGUGUCCUUUGCUUGGAGGAGAGAGAUGCUUGCAGCUCUGAAAGUUGCAUUGCUUUGCACAGACAUCACACCUGCCAAAAGGCCAAAGAUGAAGAAAGUAGUUGAGAUGCUUCAAGAGGUUAAGCAAAGCAAAUGAGAGUGAAUAUAAUGAUGCAUAGUUCCCUUUGUUACAUUCCUAUGUGUUAGCUUCUCUUAUGCGUAUUAAAUAGUCUUGUGAUGAACUGCAAUCUUUAUCUGCUUAUCUAAUUGCACAAAUUAGAAA